AUGGCAUCAGGGUGGGGAAUCGCAGGAAACAAAGGCAGAUGCUACGAUUUCUGGAUUGAUUUCAGCGAGUGCAUGUCUCAAUGCAGAGAGCCCAAGGACUGCGCUUUUCUCCGUGAAGAUUACCUUGAGUGCCUCCACCACUCUAAAGAGUUUCAACGGAGAAAUCGAAUUUACAAGGAGGAGCAGCGCAAACUAAGAGCAGCUUCACAGAAAGCCGAUGGUGGAGACAGCAAAGAUAGCCAUCAUUGA